CGCUGCCCCUUUCGCAGAGCAAAUGUCGUGGUCUUAUCCCUCCCCCAUUCACAAGAUUGGCGUCGCGACGGCGAGCUUGACGGCAUGUCGUGAGUCAGUGAUGAUCGGUUAGCGAAGCGCGAGCAUGGCCGAGGCGAAGAAGGACGAGGUCGUCAAGAUUCUCCAUACCUAUCCGCUGUGCCGGAAAUGCGACAUGACGGACGAGAUGAAGCAGGAGGCCAUGGAGCUGUGCGUAACCGCAGCCGAGAAGUACGCCGAUAACUACGAGUCGGUGUCCCGGAUGAUCAAGGAGACGAUGGACAAGAAGUUCGGCGCCUCCUGGCACACCGUCGUCGGCGAGGGCUAUGGCUUCGAGAUCACCUAUCAGCUUAAGCACCUGCUCUACAUGUACUGUGCCGGCAAUCUCGCCAUCUGCAUCUGGAAGUCUGCCUAAUAUUGGUUGUUCUCAGAUCAGACAAGCUACAGCUUUCACGGAUUUAUUCACCUGUUGUCUUUCACGACUGAGACAAAUAUUCACUUAUGGCAGUUUGUUUAUUGGUCAUUACAAAUUGACUCAGUCGUAAGUUUAUUUACGCGCUCAAUCUCUUCAAUUUGCAGUUAGUUGCGCGCGAUAUUCGAAUUAUCUUUCGACAAUUUGGCCGAAAAGGCUCUCGUAUACGUACACAUUUACCAGAGUACAAAUCACUUUCUAAGAAAUUUCGAGCUUUCCUUUACUUGACGACGAUCGUAGAUUCUACGCAGUUCCCAAAGUAGAUAACAAGAGCACUGCCAAAUAACAGUUGCGCACCGGAAUACAAUAUGGCAUGAAAGUAUUUCACGGUGUGCGUUAAACUUAAUAUUUCUAUCUUUAUACAUUAGUACAGUAUAUUUAGUCACUAUGCACUGAACUAGUCAUUUCUACUGCGAGCUUACCGUAAUUACAUUUUGUAACGUAGGAAAAAGUAACACCAAUUUAUAUACACAUGAUAUUUAGGUGUUAGGUCAUAUAGCGCAGUCGAAUGUGUUUGACCGCGAACAUUGUUCUUACUAUCGCGAAAAUUCUUUUUCGUAUUUUAUGCAGGGUGAGAGAACGUCCGAUAAAAAAAAGGCCUUACGACGAAACUAAACGUCCAAUUAAUUAAACAACGCUAAAAUUAGGCGGAAGGAAACAAAAUUCACUCAUUGCCUGAGCUUGCAACGUGCUUAUUGUUUGCCAACGUCAAUCCAAAGAACUUGUUAUCUCUAUUAUAAAAAAAAGGAAGAAAAAAAGUAAUCGAUGUUAUUUACAAUAUACACACGUGAUAUAAUAAAUUUUUAUGGCGCUAUUCUAUAAUAUUUCACAUAAAGAUAACGAUUUACAAAUGCUUAAUUUGUAAAUGCACUAUUCGUACAAAAGUAAUUUGUGACUUGAUCGUUCAAUAAAUUUAUUGUAAU